CCACUCAUUCUUCAAAAGAAGGGAAGGCAAGAUGAAGAGCACUUGGACUCUGUGUGUUGCCUUGGCCAUCUCCUUGGGGAUCAUCCUUGUGGCAGGAUAUCCAGUGAGUCCCCAGGAUGAGGAGUACGUGCUGGUCAAUAAUAAGUGUCAGUGCGUAACAGUGACCUCAAAGUUUGUCCCCUCCAAAGAAGAUCCUGAGGAAGAAGUCCUGGAAAGAAACAUCCGCAUCAUAGUUCCCCUGAAGGCUCGGGAGAACAUCUCCGACCCCCUGUCUCCACCCAGGACCACUUUUGUCUACCGCUUGAGUGAACUCUGCAGAAAUUGUGAACCCAUAGAAAUUGAUCUGGGUGGAGUCAUCUACCAGGCCCAGCAGGGCAACUCCUGCGAGGAACCUCAAACCUGCUACACCUACGACAGGAACGAAUGCUACAGCUCCCCCGUGCCCCUCCUGUACCACGGGGAGGUGAGGCAGGUCCCAGCAGCUCUGACACCAGACUCCUGCUUCACUGAGUAGCAAGGCUCUCUGCUGUGCCAGAGCCCCGGAGCACCCCCGUUCCUAUCCAAAAUGUAUGUAGAGCACCAUAGCACGUGGAUGGCAGCACCCCAGAUGCUGGCUCCUGCACUAACCCAACUUGUCUCUUCCCAUUUCCAACCUCAGACUUGUGCCAUUUCCAAAGAGCAGCUCCUGGCUUUCAGUCUCCCUUCCAGUGUUCCUAGCACGUACCUGCAAAGCCAUGCUGUGUCUCAGACCCCAUAGAGCAGAUUCCCAGCAGAUAUAAGGCAGCCAUUCCCCUGAAGUCAAGGGAACUACACUGAUUUACAGCUCUGGGGAAGCUGUCCUUUUCAGCCUCCUGCAUGUCUCUCCCCAGCAAGGCUGCCACAGACAUCAGCGCAGGUGUCUGUGCCCUACCUUCCCUGAGCUACCUAAAGUGACCUCUGCACAACCUUCACACAGGCCUUUGGUGACAUUAGCAGCAUUUAUGCCCCUAGAAGAGAGCUGUAAAACCAUAACUGAGAGAAUAUGUGGGACCCUUCUAGUACUUGGACAUCUGCAAGCUUCCAGUUCUCCCAGAUUCAAAGACCAAAAGAUGCCACUAGCCUGAAGUGUUUUGUAAAGUUGCCAAGCCCUCAACUGUGCCAGGAAUACUCAAAUCUUCUGGGAGAUGCUGGGCAUUUCACUUUCCCCACUGCUUUACUGAUAUUGCUGCCUUCUUCCGCAUCUGCUCUUGGUUAUUGUGGUGAAAAGAAAGAAAAAUCAAAUUGGCUCAAAAAAUCAAGUUGGCUCAAAUUUCUUUACUUGUUCCUCAUCUUGCAUUUAAAACCUCAAAAAAGUCUAUGAAUGCAACAUAAAUUGCUAGAGCAGGACCCUAGUUCAGGGUUCAGAUUUAGAGUGAUGAAACAGCAAAAACCUUAUUCCCACAAUUGUAGUUUUGUUAGCGAAACAUUCAAUAAACUUUUUUCUGCAA